AUGAGCUCGGACAAGCCAAACUUUCUGUCACAGCCAGUCGUGAAGAACGUUUUCAUGUUCCGAAACGGUGACCCAUACUAUGAGGCUCGUCGGAUAGUGAUAAACCACAAGAGGGUGUCCAACUUCGAGACUUUGCUGAGAGAAGUGACCGGCGGGAUACAAGCUCCGUUUGGAGCGGUGAGAAACAUCUACACACCGAGGGGAGGCCACAAGGUGGACUGUUUGGAAAGCCUGCAGAGCGGGGAGCAGUACGUCGCUGCAGGGAAGGAGCGAUUCAAAAAGCUGGAUUACCAACAGAUUGGCUCUAGAAAGAGGAGGAUGCUGCAGACUCUUCCAGUGCAGGCCAAACCGCUGCCACAGAAUCGAAUUAUUGUGUCAGCUCGAUUCCUGAAACCCAUCAAAGAGCCAUGUACAAUAUUUGUGGUAGCAAAUGGAGAUGUGUUAAACCCCGCAAUACGGCUGUUGAUCCAUCAGAGAAUGCUGGGCCAGUUUGACAGAAUACUGGAGAUGAUCACAGAGAAGAUGGGUUUGAGAGUCCUGGGAGGUGUUCGAAGUCUCUAUACCUAUGAAGGCCACCAGGUGACCGAUGGGGAUCAGCUGGAGAGCGGUCAGCUUUAUGUGGCUGUGGGAAGAGAAAAGUUUAAGAAGCUCUCCUACAGCGACCUACUCUUCGCCAAACCAAGAGCAACAAAGAGGGUCAAUGGAAUGAAAGCUUACUCUCUUCCACCCAUCUACAGAUUCUCCAAGCAAAAUGGAAAUAGUAAGUCCAUGGUUCGGUGCAGUGAUAGUGGAGAUGGAGACUCCAAGGCCUCCCCUCCAGGCCACAGCGGAAACAACAAGGAACACCUGUCCUCCAUCGUCAGAGAAAUCUCUCAGGCAAGACUCAUCUCCCUCAGGAAGAAGAGGAGCGGACAAAGAAUGACCCUCAGUACCUCUGACAAUGAUGACCUGGAAUCAAAGGCUGAUGAUGGAAACGCUGACGACAAAAUCCCUCAAGACCAGCCAGCUGAAGAGAAAUCAGAUGCGAAAGACAUGGAGGAGAAUGGUGAAAAGGCAGGAGAGCAGGAUGAGGCUGCUGCUGAAAACACCACAGAAGAAGACACCUCCGCCAGCAAAGAAGAUAAAGAGAAAAACCAGGAGACAGAUGGUGAAAAAGAGGGAGUGGAAGAGAAGGAGGAAAAUGAAAAACCAAGCAAUGAUAAAGAAGGUGAAGCAACAGCAGUACCUGAGGACGGAGAGGGGGAGGUAAAAGAAGAAGUGAAGGAGGAGGUCACAAAUGAGAGUAAGGAAGAAGUUAAGAGUGAGGAGCAGGGGUCCAGCAGUAGCAACGAUGAUAAGAGCCAGAACAGUAAAGAGAAAGAGGACGGAAGCCAUACAUCUUCCGAGGGUGAAAAGGAUGAACAGGGCAACAAAACAGAAGAAGAGAAGCAAGAUAAAGACGGUGGAAAGGAGGAAAAAAGCAGUGAGGACCAAAAUAAUGAUGUAGACACAGAGGAGGAACAGAAAGAGGCAGAAAACAGCAACGACCCAGGGAAGACUCAGUCCGAUAACGAGACAAAAGACAGUGAUAACGGCAGAAGUAACAGUAGCAACAGUAACCAGGAGGAAGAUGUGGGCAAAACAAAAGAGGGAGCUGCAGGGGAAGAGGAAGGAAAGGUGAAUGGAGAGGUCAGUGGAGAAGAUGAUGAGGUGGAAAGUGAAGCAGAGCUGGACAUAGAGGAGAAAAAUUCAGCCAGUGACAAAGAUACCGCAGCAUAUGGAGAGAAAGGGGAGGAUGGUGAUGAAAAGAAUUAA